UCUGCGUAGGAUCAUCACACUCCUGCAGUUUUCAGUGCAUGGACUUGAUUUUAUUUUCACUGCUACCAGAAAUUAAAUCUCCUGACUUAAGGCAACAGUCUGUGUGUGGACGUACACAGACGAGAGGAAGCCCUUUAAAAUGUGGCACAGACGGAAAGUGCUUCUUGCUGCAGUUGUUUUCACAGCCCUCUACUGCAGCGUGGCAGCAGAGGAUCCGAAAAAACUGGACAUGGCCCCGGAUGCUGUGGACUACCUGUAUGAUAAAUGCAGUAAGGAGGCCAUGGAAAAGUUAAUCCAUUCAGGCCUGUUAAUACAAGAGCUGAACCUCACUGCGGGUUUCCAGACAGCAUGGAGCGACAGCACCAAGUGUUCCAAGCUGAUCCCAGGAAAAACCAAAGAACAUACUGCUGCACUGGGGGCAUAUGUCAAUGGUGAUUCAGACUUUAGAGGAGCCUUUAACAGCCAAGUGGAGACCAUGGGCGUGAACGCUAGCACCUACGAGAACAACUUCAAUUUCAAGUCGCUCCACUUCCUGCUCAUGGAUUACAUGGUGCUGCAGAAGCCACAGACUUGCAAGAGUGUGUAUGUUUACCCAGAGAAAAAAGUCACGGCACAAGUCGGUUCAAAAGUGAGACUGGGGAGGUUCACCUUGGCCGAGUUGAGCUUCAGUGAGCUAACGAAACAUGAUGAUUUGGAAGGCGCUGUGAUUUUGAACAUCACGUCUUGCUUCUUUGUCACAGUGGGGGAGAACAUUUGUAGUAAGCAACCAGACACUGCCUUGUUGAGUCCAGCUGAAGAGUUCACAGUGGAGAACGUAACUAGCAAAACUUAUGACGAUGAGAAGUACAUUGAGAUCGUCUUAAAGGCCUCAGGUCAGCAGGGCUCGCACAACUGCGACCUCUUCUCACGGUCUCCAGCUGUCGUCUCCACCCAUGUGUGGCUUGUGUUGGUGCUUUUGUCUCUUUCCUUCUUUAGUUGAGUAAAAGAAAUCUCAGACCAGUCAUUAAACUGCAAAAUACUGCUUCGAAUUUACAGUUGAACAAUGAACAACUGUUUUGCUGUAAUGCAAUUAAGAUGUUGCAAGCUGCCAAAACAUUGUCUCAUUGCUUUUUAAAUCACUUUUAAUCCACAUUUAAAUCAUUGAUUGUGUAAUAAAGAUGUAUGAUAUGUCCUCCUGUUGUCCAAAGCCCAAGUAUUUCAGAUUCCUCUCACACUGGUGUGGAGCCAGACACAGAAGUGAUUGACGAGUGGAGCUGUGGUAUCGAGGUCCCGCUAAUACACACAAUUGAGCAAUCGCAAAUCAGUCUCAGCCAUCUAUCAUGACAUUUAACCCCAUUUUUAUAGAAACAAAUAAGUAAUUACAACCAGACUGGAAAAAUUACCACUUGAACAGCCCUCGCCAAGAGAAACCAUGGAAAGAUGUCGUUGCCUAUACCGAACAUCAACACUUUCGGACAUUUUUGUGCCAAUGGAACAAUUUUUUUUUUAAAUGUCAAAAUCUUGAUGAACAUGGUUUUAAAGACAGUAUUUUCUUUUAUAGUGAUAAAGAAUGACAGAAAACAACUUUGAGAACAAUGUAUUCCACUUGUACUUAUACUGAGUUUAGUAUAGCCACCAGGAGGCGAUACAGAUGUUUUGGCCUCCCUUUCGAGGUGAAGCGGUCAUGUCAUCCAUCUUUAUAUACAUACUAUGGUUUUGAAUUAAAACCCUGCUUUGUUUAUAGCCCUAACCCCAAUGCUUACUUUAGUAAUUCAAAGAUAGUCUAGUUUAUUUUUAUCGAUGUGUUUGUUUUUUAUGCUUUUAUCAGUGUACGCACGUUAAAAAGAUGAGCUCUCACCUCACCAGGAUGCUCCAACAGAGGCAGUCUCAGUUGAUAACAGGAGCUUUUAGUCGUAUGAGUUGAAAUAAACUGGUUGAACUCC